AUGGCCGCCGCCGCCGCCGCCGCCACCGCCCGCGACGGGCAGACGGCACUCGCGCUCCGCCUUGCCAAGCACCUCGCGCCGCAGCCGGCGGCGGACGACGACUCCGCGGCCCCCGGUGCGGCCGCCACGCGCGGCCGCGGCGGUAACGCCGUGUUCUCGCCGGCGGCCGCCUCCCUCGCCGCCCUCGCUCUCCGCGUCUCGCGGUGCGUCCUCGGCGACGGCCGCGGGUACCACACCCUCGUCGGGCCGCACCUGCUGUUCGGGGGCGGCGUCUGGGUGGACGGCUCCCGCGGCGGGCUCACCGACGCGUUCCGCGGCGUCGCCUCGGAGUCCUACAACUCCCAGCGGGUGCAGACCGUGAGCUUCACCGACGAGCCAAAGGCAGCUGUCAAGAUGAUCAAAGAGUCGGUAAAGAAGGGAACGAACAGCCUCAUCGACGACAUCAUCUGCGAAAGUGAUGUUGUCGGUGUUGCGACGGACAUUGUUCUCGCCAAUGCAGUCUACUUCAAGGGUGUGUGGCGGCACUCAUUCCAUCCCCACGGCACGUGGCCAGGCGCGUUCUUCCGCCUUGAUGGCAGCCAUGCUGAGGUGAGCUUCAUGACUGCAUUCGAGACGAUGCGCAUCGCGUGCUUCGACGGGUUCAAGGUCCUCAAGCUCCCCUACAUGCCGUGGACGCUGGUGACGUGCGAAGAUGAAAAGGUUCGAACCUACGAGACGCGCUACUCCAUGUUUGUCUUCCUCCCGGACACGCGUGACGGCAUCACAGCCAUGGUGGAUGUGGUCACCGCAGCACCGGCGUCUCUGCGGGGCAUCUUGGACCAGAUGACAGAGAGGACUGUCCGCGUCAAGCUGCCCAAGUUCGAGAUCUCCUUCAAUUGGGAUGACCUCGAGGUUGACCUCUGUCGGCUGGGGCUCUCGGUGCCUUUCUCGCCGGAGGAGGCCGACUUGCGGGGCAUGUGCGUGGCGGACAACAUCACCGCUGAGGGGGACAAGCAGCAGCGCCGCCCUAUGUCCCUGAGCAAGGUUGCACACAUGGCGGUCGUUAAGGUGAGCGAGGCCGGCAGUGAGGGGGGCGAGCUCGACAGUUACCUGCGCAGCAGGCCUGAGCUCACCCCAGACUUUGUCGAGUUCAUCGCCGACCAUCCCUUCACCUUCCUCAUCCAGGACUGGUCCGGGGUGAUCGUGUUCGUGGGGCACGUCCUGGAUCCCACCAAGUGAUCGGCGUCAGGAUUCAACAAAGCUGCAUCCAUGUAUAUAUUGUCUAGUACUUUGCAAAGUGCUGAGUGAGGAGGUGCUGCUUGUUGCUCUUGACCUACCAGUUAGUAGCUGUCUUGUAACAUGGUGU